AUGUCAAACGAGGGGUGGUCUGCUAGAAAUGACGCCCUAACUGAGUUUUCAUACGGAACAAACGAAAAUCAGUACACUGGAAUAUACUUGAAUCAUGAAUAUUUAAAUGACAUUUCUAUUAUGGUAUCGCCAAAUAAUCCAGAAAGAAACGGGGAAACUAUAAACGAUAACACGGGAGUAGUCCAUACAUUGAGUCAAUUAAAUCAACCACAACAAAACUCAGCAACAACACCACGUCCAUUAAUCCACACCGACGAUUCAAAUGAAACACCGCUAUCGUUGAAUGUAGAAUGUGAUGAACCAGUCGUAAAAUCGUAUUAUAGAAACAAUACUUCCCCCAGACCAAUUAACAUGAAUAAUGUCGUCAAUAUUCCAAACAUAAGAAAUAAAAGGCCAUCGAACUACGGCUACCAGAAUAGAUAUAAUAAUCAACCGUAUCUCCCUACAAGCUUACAGCAUUUGAUGCCCGUGGAACAAAUUGAAAGCGGACCGUUUUCUCCAUAUAGGAUUGUAAAUGCAAGCCCAUCUACUUCUACUUCAUUCAGACCAUCGGAUCGACACCAAUAUACUCAUAAUAAUAAUAACUCUAUUCGUGUACAGGAAUAUCCUAGUUCACCGUACCGUUGCGAAUCAGUUAUAAAAUAUUGUCAACCGAUAGAAAACAAAUUUGAAACCUUCAAUGCAUCAAAACGCGAUCCGAGGCUAAUAAACCGUGAUAGCAAUACGUACAGGUUGGAUAAUUUUGAAGAAUUGACACCAUUAAGUUACACCAAUAAAGAAACAUAUUUAGACGAGGACUUACGAGUAAUCAACAUUAAAUUAAAAAACAUGAACUCAAGUUACAGAUUUGGUGUUGUAAAUGAUUUGCGUAGCGCUGAUAACUUUAAUAUACACAACAUUAGGAGCGGAAGAGACCCACGUGUUAAACAUACCCAAAACGACCGGGAAUCUGAAACAUACAUAGAUUGUAAUAAACAUUUGAAUAUUUUGAAUACUGAACGAUACAAAAAAUUAAAUGUUGGAAAGAUGAUUGGUGUAAUAGAUGUAAGGAGUGACAAUGAAGACGUUGUGAAUGAUAUUGAAACUACAAGUACUUCUAAUGUGGUAGAACAAUAUCAUAAAAAGAAAAAGGAAACACUCAGGAAAUCAAGGGAAGACGACCAAAAAGAAUUAACAGAAACUGUAGAAAACAUCAUUUUAAAUUUAAAUGAUGAUAUAAGUGAUUUAAGAUGCACAACAAGAACACUUUCAAAGAAAAAUGAUGGAAUAAAUAAAACAAAUGAUCUUAAUGAUCAAACAAAAAAUAACAUUAAAAAGGCAAAUCAAAAUAUUUUAACUGUUGAAAAUUCCAGUGUUGAUAAUACGCACAAGAAUGUUGAUGAUAUUUUUGGAUCAAUUGGAACCUAUCAAAAUUAUAAACAGCUAUCAGAACGAUCAAUAGAACUUGUUGAUUUGACGUAUGAGGAGAACACAGCUGAUGUAAGGACUAAUCAAAAUGUUGACGCUGGAAUGUUUACUACAAAAUUAAAAGACAUGUUAUUAAUGUCUACAUUUAAUAAAGAAAAAUUGGAAAAAUUUAACAAGUCUUCAGAAAAUUCAGAAAAACUUAACACCAAUAAAAAUGAAACCAAUGCUGAAAACAUAAUAUUAAAUGAAGAUCGUUCUAUUGUUGAUCAGCGUAAGACAUCUGAGAAAAAAUCACAUAAACACAAAUCAAAAAAACGUAAUAAAUCUAAAGAUAAUAAUAAACAUUCUGAAAUGUAUAAAGAUGGAAAUUCAAGUAAAACUGAUUCCGGUGUCAUAACAAUCGAUUCUGCAUUUAAAAAUACCAAUUCUGAACAAGCAAUUAACAGCGGACAAACCUGCGAUGAACAAACAAACAAUGCUGGAAUGUGGACAAAACUAUUCAAACAGGAAAAAAAAAAUGAAUUGAUAAGUAAGCCGAAUUUGAUGGUUCAACGUGGAAAUCAAACUCCUAAUAUUAACAAGAAAUUUAUGAAAAACGCAUGUGAUAUUAUUGAAAAUAUCCAAAAUGAAAUAUUCAAUUUAGUAGAAAGUAUUAACAGCGAAACCUAUGUAGGAGUGCAGCCGAAUCCAAAUACUUCUACUGAAAGUGCAAUAUCAGUAACGGACGUAGGUGAAAAAACAUACUACGCCCACGAUCAAAUAUCAAUCAGAGUGCAAGAUCCAUAUGAAACAACUGAAUCUAACUUUCCUAACAUAAAUCACAGAUCGUCGAUAAAUUUAAAAAAAAUCGUUACCGGUGGACGAGGAACUAAUGAAAAUUCGCUCAAAUCAAAUACCGUUCAAUCAUUACCAAACCCUGAACAAGAUGAAUUCGGCAAGGAUGUAGAAGAACAAAUUAUUGAGUGUCCUUCUGAAAACAUGUCUAACAGAAAUUCUACAAUACAUUAUGCUGCAAGUGACUUUAAUUGCGAAUCAAAUGAAGCGAGUUUUGAAAAUGUUGACGACGAACAAAAUUGUUCAUAUUAUACUGAAUAUCAAAGCACUGGUACAAACGAAACAGAUAUAAUAUAUGAAUCCCACGAAGACGCCUCCCAAUCACAGACAGUUGAUUGCAUGUUUGAUAACUCACCAUCUGUAGAUCGUGGAUACAACUCUGCAUUGGAUUUAGAAAAAGAAGUACCACCGUAUAUUAAAUUAUCUGAUCAAAUUUUAAACGAAAAUUCUAUAUCAUGUGAUGGAAAUGAUUUCAAUUACAAUAUGAGUCUAAUCAAACUGGAACAUUUCGAAGUUUCAAAUUACGAAGAAAAAUUUGCUAUUGAUAUGGAAGGCACUGAUACAUAUGAAACAGGAUACAGAACUGAAACGCUUGAGGAUGACACCCAAUCACCGAGAUAUACUUUCAUCGACGACGAGCAACCAGAUGUUCAUAACGUCGAAUUUGGAGUGGACAAUGAAGAACCUGUAGAUCCAUUUCUUGACUGCAUUGUUGAAGAAAAUUCUGAAACACGUGACGCGAAUGAAUCAAAUAUAGAAGUUCUGAACACCGAACUAAAUGUGCCCUCCGUGGAAAACGAAGACACUGAGGUAUACGAAAUUAUCGACAACGUAUGGUCCGCUGACGAACCGCCCACUGACGUACAACCUGUCGGUGAACAUUUUGAGAUGGAUUAUUUUUAUAAUAUAAUCAAAAUUAACCACAGUUUAUUUCGCGUUAAUCUACACACCGAAGAUGAUAUUUUCAACUUCAUACAGUUAUAUUCACAACGAACCCAAACGAGUUGGCGCGUUUUGAAAUCCUUUAAAUCCCAAAAAUAUGACGUUUGUAAAAUCUUUGGAUGUCUUCACAAUGGUUUGUUUAAGCUUUUAAAAAAACCAGAUAAAAAAAUAAAGCCAGACAAAUGUGAGUGCCAAUCAGAAAUUGACAUUAAAAUAAAAUGCUCAACCAUAAGAGGAAAAAAUAGCGAUCCCUAUUUAAAAAACGGUUUACCAGCAAUUGUGAGAUUCAAAAACGACCAUAACCAUUUAGUUCCUAAAGUCACAGAACUACCCUUGUUGAAAUCCAUAACGGACAAUAAUAUACAAAUAACGUUGGAUAAAGGUUUCGAGCCAGCAAAGAUACGUCGAGCUUAUAACAUUGGAAUUAACCCAAAUUCAAGCCCGCCGGUUAUCGACAUUACAAAUUUGUCAGACGACGACGUAGAGAUUGUCGAAAUUACUGAUAUUGAUACCAGUGACCAGAUCACGGAAAAUAAUUUGUUCGGCAAGUGGGAGGACGCAAAUAUACAAUGCGAUACCGUGGAGACGAAAAACAACAAACGCCUCGAACCGGGGCAACAGGUCGUCAACAACGGCGAACGCGCCAACGACGACGGCACGUCCCAUCAGUUGGUGGACACCAGUUACAGAAAAGAUUAUAGCCGGACGCUAAAAGGCAUAAUUUCGGACCGCGUAAAGGCGAAGUGGCUAAGCGAUAAAAUGACGACCGAAGCCGAUCAAGUGAGCCUUUAUAAAUGCUCGGGGAAAAAAUGCAGUGCGGUGUUCAGCCGCCGGAAAACGUUCGUGCCACACUUGAACGACCAUUGUCGUAAAGCAAAAAGCCAGAAGAAAACUCUUCAGUUCAUGAUAUGCAUGUAUUGCUUCAAGUCGUUCGAUAUGAUCAACAUAGACGCGUUGGCCAAUCACAUCUUCGACAACUAUAGUUUUUGCAAAUACUUCUGUCAGUAUUGCUUGUACCGCGCGUACACGGCGUCUCACGUCUUAGUCCACGAGUAUAUAAUUCACGGCGAAAAGAAACCUUCGAUAUUACAACUCAAGGAUCGGGAUGACAAAAGCAAGGAAAUUGUUAAGGUGGUUGACUUUAACAAAUUCGUGUUGCGUUACGUUUGCAACAUCGGAAACUGUGCUUUCUAUUCUUAUAUGAAUAGUGAUUUCUUGUAUCAUUUGAGCCACGAUCAUGUAGAGUGUGGCCAAUUCUAUUGCAACAUUUGUGAUAAACACGAUGGAAAUGGAUUUGAAGCGUUCAAUCCGAUAUCGUUCGUUAAACAUUUUAGUGUGCACAAUAUAAACACAUAUCAAUGUAUUUUUUGCCUAUUUGGUACAGAAUUGCUCAAUCACAUGAUCAUUCACUUAGCGAUGGAGCAUUUUGAAUACGAACCGUUAUGCUUGGAACGAAGUCCGAUAAACAUUUUUUGCGACGACAAAAAGAUUGAAAAUCUUAUAAUUUUAAACAUUAAGAAAUCUAUACCCGCUGGUAUAAUAAAAGUUGUGAAUGCAAAAUCACUAAAAGAUCUUAAUAAAAAAAAAUGUCAAACAGAUCCCGCUGACACAAUAUGUACAAAUGUGAAAUCAGUUAACAUCGACAAUACUACUCAGGUCUCAAAACGAAGUAUUAAAGAAGUGAUUCGCCCAUCAAAAAACACACUAAAGCUAGCCAUUGACAACAAGAAUAAUACGAUUAUAUCUGACGGAGCAAAAAGAAACGUUCCAAGAGAUGAACAACAAAUUCCAAAUGUUGAGGCAUCAAUCGUAAAUGAGAAAAAAAAAUCAUCACAACUGUCAAUUUAUGAAAUUAUGAACAAUUCUGAAUUAAAAAAAAAAUUUGGAAAACCAUUUAAAGAAAAAGGCUUAAAAACCCCUUCAUUUGACGAUCGGAUCGAUAGGUCCAAAAAACAUGCAAAUAAGAGAUUGGACAAUACAUGUAAAAAGAAUGAAAUUCGUCAAACGAGUUCAAGAAACACGAGUGCAAAUACGAAAACAGUUGACAUUGAAAAUACUACACAGAUCUUAAGAAGAAGUACGAGAAAUGUUCACCCAUCAAAAAACACAAUAAAACCGGAAAUUGAUAACAAAAAUAAUACGGUUAUAUCUGACGAAGCGAAACGAAACGUUCCAAAAGAUGAUGAAAAACGAUUUCCGAAUAGUGGGGCAUCAAUCGAAAAAGAAAAAAAGAAAUUAUCCCAACUGGCAAUUCAUGAUAUUAGAAAAAAUAACAUAUCAAAACCGGAAAUUGAUAACAAAAACAAUACGGUUAUAUCUGAUAAAGCGAAAAGAAACGUUCCAAGAGAUAAUUCAAAACGAAUUCCAAAUAGUGAGGCAUCAAUCGAAAAUGACAAAAAUAAAUCAUCACAACUGGCAAUUCAUGAUAUUAGAAAAAAUAACACAACAAAACUGGAAAUUGAUAACAAAAACAACACGGUUAUAUCUGACGAAGCGAAAAGAAACGUUCCACGAGAUGAUGUAGAACGAAUUCCAAAUAGUGGGGCAUCAAUCGAAAAUGAGAAAAAUAAAUCAUCACAACUGGCAAUUCAUGAUAUUAAAAAAAAUAUUAAAUCAAAAAAAACUAUUAGGAAACCAGUUAAAGAAAAGUCUUUAGAAAUCACUUCAUCCGACGGAUCGAUAGAGCAGUGUAAGUUGAUUUCUAAAAAAAGUAGUGAUAAAGUCAUCCCAGCCGGAAUUUCGUAUCAAGAUCACUUGAAGAAGUGUCCCACGGAAAGUCCCACGGAGUGUACUUUUUGCCUGGCACAGGUGGAGUCGACAUUUGAUGUUGUCAAAUUUCCGAGGCUCCCUGUGCUGAACUGUUUUACGUGUACUUUUUGCAACUUGAAGUUACCGUCUAGUGACACGGCCAAGAGCCAUGUAAAAGAAGUACACAAUAUCUCCAACGUCGAGUUCGUGCCCGUAGAUAUUAACGCGACUAAUAUCGAGAAGGACCGAUUUCUCGUGUGUGAGGACAAAUGUUUGAAACGACAAAAACGAGCAAACGACAGUAGCUUUUACACGGAAAUCUGUAAAACCGUCGAAAACAUGAAACGAUCUAAAGUUGUUAGUAAAGACGAUGAUUUGCAAUUGACUACGAUUGGAAAUACUACGAAUAUCUCGAAACAGCAGGUUGAACGUAACCCGGAUGAAUCACUACAACAACACAAGACCACGAAAAGAAAAUAUUCCAAUGAGAGCACCAACAACGUCGCCGCCGUGGACUACAAAAAAACACCUUGCUGGAAAAGGUUAUACGAUAAUAUUCCGGGCGUUACAAUAUCCAUGUAUUUUUCUCCUCGCAAUAUUGACAACAUCCCGCUAACACCAUACUUCUUGAAUCCGGUAGGAUGUUUACUGUGCAACUACCACACUAAAGUGCGAUCUAAUCUAGUGUCACACCUGAACCGGCAUGGAGUAGAACCGGUCGUCUUGAAUAAACACAUAUUAUCUAAAUCUGUAAUAAAUAAACUCAAGCCUGCGGCAACCGUGUCCGAGCCAGGUCAAACAGUUGAAAAUAGUAUAGAUGAAUCAACUAUUAAUACUAUUAAACCUCAAUCAUUGCAGCUGGUAAAUCAUAUUCCCAAGUUCGUUCCAAAACAAAAACGUUUUAGAUGUGCAUUACCCAAAUGUUUUCACUUCAGUGAGAAUUUUGGAAAUCUGCAGCAGCAUAUAACGAAAGAUCAUUCCAAGUUUUCGUAUUUUGUAUGUCCACAUUGUAGGCCAUUAAUUGUUACGUUCGACAGUUUCCAUGCAUUGGCGUAUCAUUAUAAUUUUCAUGGUAGUAACUUAUACAUUUGUCAGUACUGUGAUUACAUUCAUUAUGACUGUUCAAAAAUAGAAUCACAUCAGACAAGAAAACACCCGUUUAGAAUGAGCGGCGAGAAUAAUUUAAACGUAAUCGCGAUUAGAAAAUCCAACUAUCCAGAUAUGGAAACGUCCAAAUGGCAAUGCAAUAUAUGUGAACCUGGUAUUAAGUAUACAGAAUCACAAAUUGCUGCACACCUAUCAAUUGUUCAUAAAAUAAAGAAAAUGUUUAGAUGCCCUAUUUGUCAAUUUGAUCACAGUAAUUACGAUGUGUUUGAACAACAUUUCGCGUUGCAUCAUCCAUCUCUGGAUGUAAAAAACUUGGAUGCACAUUUUGAAAAAAUUAGUCCAGAUGUAGAGCUCGAACCAGCCGACAAGCAAACAAACGUUGACAAACAAGGUAGGACUAGAGAAAGUCCUUCGCUAAAUGUGCCAGAAGCUUUUGACGGUGCCACUGAACCAAGGGCCGCGUUACCCUCACCACGAAAAACUCCGAUAAAAUUGACUUCCGUGCGCAAGACAUCUGCUAAAUCGUUCAACAUACCGGAAGAUCAAGGGAAAACACUUGACAACCCUUCUAGCGAACUGAACGAUUAUUCGAAAUUAAAGUGCUCGACGGCAAAAUACGAAUGUCCUGUAUGCAACGAGUUCGCAGUCGAGGAAAAAGAAUCUUUCCGAGAACACUUAUUAAAAGAAAUAAAUAGUACACUAUGGAAGUGUUUGGAAUGCUUUACGAUCAGCAAUUCAGCAAUGAAAAUGAAAACGCAUGUAAUAAAACACAACCGAUUAAAGCGGAAAUUUGAGAAAAUCGAAAUAACUAAGAAAAGUACUUUGGUUGAUGGAAUAAUUGACUAUCAAAAUAUGCUUAUGGAACAUAAAUUGCUCAAAAAAAACAAUCAACAUACCGUAAAAAAUGGAGCCAAACAUGGUAAUGUUCAAUAG